UUUCUUAGAUAAAUGUUUCCUCUCGAUACUUCGUGUUCGCUGUUGAUUGUCCCUGAUUAGAGCACGCAGCGGCAUUUCCUCUGAAGCAAGAAGAAGAUAUUUUUCUUUAUAUCUCGGUAUAUAGCUACCUUCGGUUGGUACCUCUUCUCUGCUUCUCCAACCCUUAUUUUUAAUCCCACCUUUCCCUCACUGAAUUACUCCAUCCAUACAUGUUUUUCGCUAAAUCCAAGACUUACCCGUUUCAAUUCGCUCCAGAUAACGUCAAACCCACCUCCUUGAUUCCUCUAUGAAUCAUCGGUGGUUCCCUAUUUGCUCGGCUUGGUACUGAUUCCUUUUGCCCCACCGUUACGAAAACUUCCCUUUAUCCACUUCUCCGCGACCAUGGCUGCCGCAGCUCUUAGAUCGAAGCCCGGCAAAGCGACGGCCUCCUUUGCUAUCUCACAGUUCAGGUACUGCCUGCUCAGCUACCCACGCCCCGGGGGUCGCAUGUCCAACUCGUAUUCGACUAGUCGUUCCAAAUGGAGUGAUUACUACACAACAACUCCGUAUCACUUCACUUCCUUCAAGCCAGUCUCCCUCCGUGGCGAAUUGGUUGAUAAGGGUUGCCGGGCGUUUGCGAUCGGGGGACGCGGCGGCAAAGAAUUGAUAAGUGGGAACGAUACUGUUCUGGCUUGCUCUUCUGGUAAUAGCAAUGGGUCUAACUAUGGGGAGCCGCCGGAGGCCUGGCAGCCUCCUGGCGAUGGAAUUGCGAGGGUUAGCGAGUCGAGUUUGAAUGGUGUCCGCGGAGGCAAAGGAGGAGGAGGGCCUGGUUCUGGGUCCAAAGAUGGGUCCUGGGGUGGAUCCAAUUUGGGGAACAAUUUCCCAACUCCGAAAGAAAUCUGUAAAGGUUUGGAUAAGUUCGUGAUUGGUCAAGAAAGGGCAAAGAAGGUGCUUUCUGUAGCAGUUUACAAUCACUAUAAGAGGGUCCAUCACGAGACCAUUCAAAGGUCUGCAGGAGAUUCAGGUAACAAGCUUGAUGCUGUGGAUGAUGAUGGAGUGGAGCUUGAGAAAAGUAAUAUUCUUUUGAUGGGACCAACUGGCUCAGGGAAAACCCUACUUGCGAAAACAAUGGCACGGUUUGUCAAUGUUCCCUUUGUUAUAGCAGACGCCACUACCUUGACGCAGGCUGGUUAUGUUGGAGAAGACGUGGAGUCUAUAUUGUAUAAGCUACUUGUGGUUGCCGACUAUAAUGUAGCAGCUGCACAGCAGGGCAUAGUUUACAUAGAUGAAGUUGACAAAAUCACCAAAAAGGCAGAGAGUGCUAACCUUAGUAGAGAUGUGUCAGGAGAGGGUGUUCAGCAGGCAUUGCUUAAGAUGCUUGAAGGAACUAUUGUCAAUGUUCCAGAGAAGGGGGCUAGGAAGCAUCCCAGGGGUGAUAAUAUUCAGAUUGACACCAAGGAUAUUCUCUUCAUAUGUGGAGGCGCAUUUAUUGACUUGGAGAAAACCAUUUCAGAGAGGCGACAAGAUUCAUCUAUAGGGUUUGGUGCCCCGGUACGUGCUAACAUGAGAACCGGCACUGUUACAAGUGCUGCUGUCACAUCUUCUUUAUUGGAAACUGUUGAAAGUGGUGAUCUUAUAUCAUAUGGCUUGAUUCCUGAGUUUGUUGGAAGAUUUCCCGUCCUUGUCAGCUUGUCAGCUCUCACAGAAGAUCAACUUGUGCAGGUUCUGACGGAGCCCAAGAAUGCCCUUGGAAAGCAAUACAAAAAGAUGUUUGAAAUGAAUGGAGUUAAGCUACACUUCACAGAAAAUGCUACGAGAUUAAUUGCCAGGAAAGCUAUAACCAAAAAUACCGGGGCUCGUGGCUUGCGAUCCAUACUAGAAAAUAUCUUGAUGGAUUCCAUGUACGAGAUUCCUGAUGUGAGAACAGAGGAGGAUAUGAUAGAUGCUGUUAUGGUGGACGAGGAAGCCGUUGGAUCGGAGGGACACGGUCUUGGAGCCAAAAUCCUUUACGGGAAGGGUGCCUUGGACCGUUAUCUUGCUAAUUCACGACAGCCCGAGACAAGGGUUGAAGUGACUGAUGCGGAUGCUGAUGCCGAACCUGAGCUUCCUUCGGUAGUCGCUAGCAUGUAAUCGAUAUUUGUUCGGAAAGAGAACAAAAUUCUGUUAUAUAUAUGUGUAGCCUUUGAUCACAUUGUACAUAAUUUAUCAGUCCGCAACCUUGUUUUACUUAAAUAAUCGCGAUCAUUAAGGUUAAUGCUACAUACCAUAAUCUGUAAAUGUACAUGUUGUGACCCUUUCUAGUUUGCUGUUUCAUGCACUUACUCAUUGUUCUGUACUGUUGACAUACUUCCGGCUAGACUCCGUAACAAAUGCCAGCCGAUCUUUAAGCAUUACAGAAGAAUAGGGAAACCAGAUAUGUACUGGAUUGAUUAGUAACCAAUUCUGCUCAUAUGGCAAGAGUUGAGUUAUUUUGCUCACAAGCUGUUGGGAAAAGUCCUUUCUAUGGUACAAACAAAUUUAAUGCGUGACAGUAAUAAAUUUUUUAUGGUACUAAUUCAAAUUGCACAUAUACCAUUUUGUCUAAGUUAAAUUACUUUGUACAUAAUGAACUUGUGCCGUCAACAUUAUAUUUCAAAUUUAACUUGUACUUGAAAGCAUGUGUUCUUAUAAAGCUAUUGGUAGAGGCGGGCAACUUGGCGGUUGAUUUCCGAUUUGAUAUUGAUCCAUCCGUAGAUAAUACAAGAUGAGUGAUUAAUGUAGGUGAACUGUGGGUCUGUAAAUCUCCUAUAUGCACUUAUCAGAAUGGCCAGUGGGUGGACUGUGAACCGAAAUGACAUGCAACUCACUUUUACAUGACGAAUAGAUUUUUUUCCUCUUCCUAAUAUCGAAUGCCACAGUUAAGUGUUAUUUUUCUCUGCCAAUGGUUUAUGGAUUAAUGAACGAAUUUAUAACCACCGUCAAAGAAACGAAAUCCACAUGCUUGACGGUCAAUGUAGUUAGGGAUAUGUGCUUGUGUUCUAUGUCAAUGAGUACUUUAUUAAAAGUGACCAAUUGAAAAGUUUGUGAGCAAUACAAAACUUUGCAUCUCACAAGUACGAUCAGAACCACGAGAGCAAAGCGAGAGGAAAUGUUGAUUGCUUCAAUCCUCCUAAUCUCACUAGCGAGUCUAAUGACUAGUUGAAUGAUUCCCUUCGCGAGUUGACCUACAGUCCAUCUGUCGCCAUCCACCACCUUAUCCAAAAAAAUUAUAAAUAAAUGACGAGUCACAAUUGUAUAAACUCGUUAAUAUGUAUGUAUCAAUUUGAUAAAAUUUAUCCAACCUAUCCAAUGCCCACGCAUAAUCUUUGUGAAUAUUGAGGUAUCCACCAUUCAUGGAGAUGGAAUCGUACAUUCAAGAUGAGAAAUGCGUACAAGAGGCAGAAGGGAGGAGGAUGGUAGGGAAGCCUCUGCUGUCCAGCCUAAGUCGCUUCUGAACUAGAGUACAAUGGUUGCUUUCCAUUUUGUAAUUUAUAGGAAUUCAGAUUCCAUGUCAACUUAUUGUAUUUAUGAUAGGUCAUUGAGUGAUCAACAAUCAAAUUAUAAACGAAAUUUGAGUGAAUUGAAUCAAUUCACAUUCGCGUCUUCUUCUCUUUUUUUUUACGGGUCAUUCACGUCUUCAUCUUAAAUAUGAGUAUUGAGAUACCCGCUCCAUCUAACCUUAGUUAAAACUCAAAAUGAGUAUAGAACAUGGUUGUCACGCCGGCCGGCGUGCCAUCGGUUGUACCUGGUUCAACCGAUACUGGUCAUAAAAUUGGCGUGACAUCACCGGUAUGACCGGCAUGAUCGAUACACGAAUCUCUAAGUAAAAUUACCUUAUUUUAGUGAAUUUAAUUAUUGAAAAUUAUUUUAUUUUUUAUUUUAUGAGUAUAAAAGUUAAAUAUUGAU